GACGGCCGCUUGCCCCCCAGGGUGGGUAUGUCGCGAAAGGAGCACGAGGGGCCCGAGCCGGAGGCGGCGGCAGGUGACAGCCCCUUCGUAGGGCUGGGCAGAGACGAGCCCCCCAGCGAAGACCCCAACAGGUAACACAUUUUCCGCUCUCCGUUGCCUCACAGUUUUGACCUAAGUUGGUGAAAAAAGAGCAUACAGGGAGUGACAACCCCACAGGCAGUGCAGCGAGGGGUGUCCUGGGUGACACACACAUCCCCCUGUCCACGAGCAGCCACAUUCAUUAGCGGGGUUCCCAAUGUUUCCCAAUUAAUGUGACCAGCCGGGCAGGCUGUCCCCUCCCUGGACAGGGCAGAGCACGGCCCCAUCCCCGUGGGGUGCGUGCCCCUGAUGCGCGGGUCCUGUGUUUUGGCCGAGGACGGAGGUGCUGCCCAUGGCCCCCCGGCCCAGCACGGAAGCAGCGCUGGACGGCCAGGCCUCCCGGUACUUCGCGGCGCUAGAUGCCAGCGUCGGGGGCCUGCAGCAGCGCACGCAGCAGCUGAUCGACAGGGUGAACGACAGCCGCAAGGAGGACCACACCGUGAUGAGCAGCUUCAGGGAGAGCCUGCUGCUGAAGGUCUCGGGCCUGGCAGAGCAGCUGGAGGAGCGGCUCUUCCACCUCUACGGCCUCCACAACGAGCUGAUCCAGGAGCGGCUGCAGGAGCUAGCAGAGGUGAUGGAACGGGUGGGGCAGGCUGAGGCCGAGCUCCGGCAGGUCUGCCGCACCGUGGAGGCAGCCUACCACGACCUCUGCCUGCAGCCCGAGACCUGAGCAGGGCCUCAAAUGCACAGAGGCCCCCCCAAACCCGCAGGAGCCCCCCCCGGCCCUGCGGCAGCCCGCCUGCCCUGCGAGUGGGGCCUGUGUUGCCCACUGCUGCUGUGCCAGGGCGGCUGCAAGCGGGAAAGGGCGACUGGCCCAAAAGGGCUUUUCUGUUGCUGUUGGUGUUCGGGUUUAGCACAAAUAAAAAGAGCAAAAACCCCAAAGGCUGAAUCCAGGGGGCUGCUAGGGCUCUGCCGCCCGCUCGCUUCUGGCCACUUGCCGGGGCAAACCCGGCCGCGCACAGCAUGUGCUGAAGCAGGACCCCCUCCCAGUGGCGGAGCUG